GACGCAACUAGGCAGAGCUGGCCAGGGGAGCACUGAAGAUCCACAGAGAGGGGAAAAAGUAGGCGAUGUUGCAACUAGGAUCUUGUUUAUGGACAUUUCGGAAAGGCUGCUGAUACAGUCCAGCGGGCUCGUAGGUAUUUUCAAGCUGAAAGGUUGAGGUAGCCUCAUCGCCGCAGUAUUUUUAGAUCACUUCUGAAAGGAAUACAAAAAUGUCGUCUCCAAGUCCGGGCAAGAGGCGAAUGGAUACCGACGUGGUGAAACUCAUUGAGAGCAAGCACGAGGUCACCAUCCUCAGUGGACUCAAUGAAUUUGUGGUCAAGUUCCACGGACCCCCUGGAACGGCGUAUGAAGGAGGUGUGUGGAAGGUGCGAGUGGACCUACCAGAUAAAUACCCCUUCAAAUCACCAUCAAUAGGAUUCAUGAACAAAAUCUUCCAUCCCAACAUUGAUGAAGCGUCAGGAACGGUGUGCUUAGAUGUCAUUAACCAGACGUGGACGGCUCUCUACGACCUCACCAACAUCUUUGAGUCGUUCCUCCCUCAGCUGCUCGCCUACCCCAACCCCAUCGAUCCUCUGAACGGGGAUGCAGCUGCCAUGUACCUGCACCGACCGGAGGAUUAUAAACACAAGAUAAAAGAGUACAUCCAAAGGUAUGCCACAGAGGAGGCUCUAAAGGAGCAGGAGGAGGGGGGAGGCGACUCUUCUUCCGAGAGCUCCAUGUCAGACUUUUCGGAGGACGAGGCUCAGGACAUGGAGUUGUAGUGAAGGGAGGAGAUCUCGUCCCUUUCACCUCACAACAGACUGUCGUUUCCUAAAGAGCAGAAACUCAGUACUAUAUUCAUAUUUAAACAAGACAAUUUUUUUACAGCGACACAAGGAUUUUUAUUGCUACACAAGGAUUUGCAGUAUGAUAUUGCAGAAUAUUAACCCCGAUUUAGGAAUUCAUGACCACCUGCUGUUCCCAUCCUCUUCGCCCCAGAGAGCCUGUUCAGAUCAGAAAGGAGUGCAUCAUUCAUUUCCAUGAUCUCCAGUGGCUUCAGUCGAGGCUUUCACACUGCUGUGAGCAGUGAGACCGGCAGGAGGCGGGGGGGACUGUCAUCCAAACAAAACUGUUUACAGUUUCCCAUUUGGUCCCACAAGCCACACCUCAUCACCUCUUCAGUUCUAACACAGCUUAACUUUUUUUUUUCUUGUCUUUAUUUGACAUUUUACUGCAUCAUCAGGCAUCUUUGCCUCGCCGACAGAGGACUGCAGGAUGACAAUCCAACAUUUCAGAGCGGGCUCAGCUUCAAAUGAGCAUGGAGUCACAUUUUUUUGUUGAAGUUUUUGACACCGCUGCCCCCCUCUCCCCACAGAGGAGUCGCCAUUACAAUCUGAGGAGCUGAAGGCCAGAGAGCGGUUGUGUGUUCAUCGUGUACAGACAGUACAGGUGUGGCUGCAGAAGGCCUCUGUGACAGGACUGCCCUCUGUGCAAACCUGCUGACACAUCACACACACCAUCAAACCAAUGCAUCAACCGUGUGUGUGUAUGCGUGUAGGUGUGUACGCGUGUAGGUGUGUGUGUGUGUACGUGUGUAUACAUGUGUACAUGCAUGCCUGUGUGUGUGUAAGUGCGCGCAUGAAUGUAACCCAGGGAGAAUCAUGGCGUAUAGCCAACCUGUGUUAUCCUGACCCCUGAUGCUCAGCAGAAAUCAGGAGAGAAGGUUCAUGGUCCUGAUCCUUCUCUUCUUCAACACCCAUCUCCUCCUCCUCCUCCUCUCCGUUUUAGGAAAGUGUUUGUCAUUCUGAGUAUCUUUGUAUAUUGUGGCAUGACACAGAAGUGAAGUUGUGUAGGGCUUUGUGGGGCUGUAACGCUGUAGGCAUGGGGAGGACACCUGUGUGCAGGUGGGGUUUGAUGGGGUUUAUCCAGGUCCUUGUUGAAUUAUUGAACUUCUUAACUUUGCCUAUUGCUUGUGUUGAACUAUAAUAGGUGUUUGACUUGCGUAGGGAUAGUUAGUUUUUUCGCGGGUGGUGAAUCCUAUCAUAAUGUAUGGUUACUUAUAUAACACACUGGUUUAAAGACUAAUUGUCCUGUGAAGAUGAGGAGAGUUAAUAAAUCUUUGUCUGUGGGAUGACUCUUUGUUGAAUCAAAUCCUCCAAAGACAUGCUGCCCCCCUGCACCCCCUUCUUAUAUGCAAAUGUGUCCAUAAAAGAUCAUUUGCGUUGUCAGACAGAAGUGCUCUUUGUUUCAGACAUUCAACAUGGUCUCAUGUACUUUUUCAUGAUGUUGAUGGCCUGUUGUUUUCCAAAAUGGUGGGACCAAAAUGUAAUAUCUACAAGUUCAGUUACAUGAUAUUCUCCCCCCAGAAAAGACAAGUUUACACUGAGGUUAAAUGACAAGAUAAAUGGAUGAUAUUCCUCAAAGUGUUGAACUCUUGAGUAGAGAUGCACGAUAUAUAUCGGGCCGAUGAAUUAUUAGUAUUAUUCCAAUGAUGAAAUUACUGUUGAUAAAGAAGCCAAAUUGUUUCCAUUGACUUAACAGGUGCAUUGUCCACACACACUGAUACAGUAGGUGGUGGUAUGCACCUUUAUAGCUUGUUUGCCGUUCUGCAGUAAACAGAGGAGGAGGAGAAGAAGAACAAGAACAAGUGAAGAAGAACCACUCGUGAUUGGACCCAGGCAGUGUAGACCGUAUGUUGUGAUGUCAGGAUUGGUUUGGUGAGGUCACAACUUUGGAAUAUUAAAUCAUUCAUCUUUGCUCACUACAUCUUAGCCUUCCAUACCCUUAGGUGUGCGUAAACUACAGGUCAUGAACUUCCUUUUAAAAUACAAAAAUUAAAAAUCAUCAAUUAUCUUAUCGGUAUUCACCUGAAAAAAUCCAUAUCGUGCAUCCCUACUCUGGGGUGGCUGUCACAGAUGAGUUCAGACUUACAUUCAGGCACAGGUUCCUUCCAUUUCGUCUUCUUUUUCAGAUCAAAGCUUAAAGGCUCUGGUCCAGGUUUACCCAUGGAAUGAUUCGUGUUCUUGUUGGCGCCUGUGCGGUGGAGGUGUUGCAAGAGCAGUGACAGUUUAUUGUUAAAUUUCAUGACGGUACGCUGGUCUGUGUUACAGCGCGGGCAUGAAGCCUGAUACAUGUUUGUAACAUGCACCCGUAUUGCAGAUCUCUUUGUAUUGUGUGUUAUUUCUGGAGAGGAAACAAAAAUUACAGUCUGACUUUAUCACCAUCAAAAUUGUCUGUCUCCUUGCUCGGAGCAAAAAAAAAAAGGAUUAUAAUCAAAACUGAAAUUAAUAAUCCCUUUAUCGUUUUUAAAAUGACAUCAGGAUCUUUUCUAUGGUGUCUUGAGAGAGGGUUUGCCGUUGUUUAAAGAUUAACAUAGGCUGGUAAAACUAGCAUGUCACAGUUUUCUUUUUUAAUGGCAUAAAAAAGGUAUUUGUUAAGUAACCUAGUUUAAAUGGCUCUAAUUAGCCUCGGUAACCAAAUAUAUGUUGGUGUAGGUCUUAGGACUACAUGAUAUCACGGUCAGUUGUCAUUUGCAACAAAAAACAAACCACUGUCCAGCCUUGUUGUUUGUCAUUGUCUGGAUUCAUCAGUGUAUUCUGUAUUUUUUUAUUAGUGAGACAUAUUUGAUGCCUAUAAUUUGUUUGAAUGUCUUUAUUUUUGUCUUUUAAGCCCUAUGUCCAGGAUACAAGUCCAGAUAUCUUUGAUUUUUAAAAAGCAAAAAAUAAAUAAAUGUGCUUCCCUUGUAACUUGGAGAAAGAAAUAAACAACAAAA